UGGACGGAGCUGCGCAGCCUACCCACCUUCGCUUUUCCUCCCAGCCGCCUCACCCACAGCGGCAGCCGCGCCUGCGCUUUUACGCAAAGAGCUUCCUCCUCCAAUGGAAGCGUGCGGACUUUCCCUGCGACGCGCCGGCGCUGUGCGCCUUGGCCGCCCCUUUUCUCCGGAGGGUUGGGACGGCUAUGGCGGCUCCGGCGGCGCUGCAGAGGAGCGUGGUGGCCCCAGCGGGGAGACACACGGCUUCCGUCAUCUUCCUCCACGGCUCAGACCAUAUACACCGAUGAGAGGGUCCUUGUCCAACGUGUGGCAUGACAGAUAUAAGAUCUCUAACGAUUGCCCGGAACAUAUUGAAACCAUUGACUCAAUGUGUCAAGCACUUACUAGUUUGAUUGAUGAUGAAGUUAAAAGCGGCAUUGGAAAGAACAGGAUACUCUUGGGUGGUUUUUCAAUGGGAGGAGGCAUGGCAAUGCACUUAGCCUAUAGGUACCACCAAGAUGUAGCUGGAGUGUUUGCUCUUUCGAGCUUCCUCAGUAAGACCUCUGCUGUUUACCAGGCACUGAAGAAAAUUGAAAGGGAGCCACCAGAACUAUUUCAGUGCCAUGGAACUGCUGAUGAACUAGUUCUGUAUUCGUGGGGUGAAGAAACCAACAAGAUGUUAAAAUCCCUGGGAGUAGCGACUACGUUUCUGAGCUUGCCAAACCUUUAUCAUGAACUAAACAAAAGUGAGCUGGACAAACUGCAAGCCUGGAUUUUGAAGAAAUUGCCAGAGCAACCAUGAACAAUAAAUGAAAGUAUAUAUAGAAAAGA